ACAGAUAAGGAAUUGUUUCAGUCGACGUUCACAAAAGAUCACUUGGGGAAAUUGAAAGCGGAGACAAAGGCGUUAUUCAACUAUGCCUGGAAGAAGUAUAUGGAUUUUGGAUAUCCAUUUGAUGAAGUGAGCCCCUUGACGUGUAAGCCAAACAAACGAGAUAUAUGGGAUGAGUUCAACACCGUCAAGAAUGAUGCAUUGGGUAACUUUUCCAUCACAUUCUUUGAUGCAAUGGACACCUUUAUAAUAAUGGGUGACCGUGAUAAGUUCCACGAGUGUGUUUACACGAUCAAAAAUACAUACACUGAUUUUGCAAUUGACUCGACAAUCCAGAUAUUUGAAACUAAUAUCAGGCUGCUCGGUUCCUUGUUAACGGCACACCUUUAUGCAAUUGAUCCACGCCGAGGACUUGUGAUACCAGAAUAUGAUGGGUUUAUGUUAAAAUUGGCCUACGAUUUAGGUAAGAGGCUCGUACUUUCAUUUUCUCACCGGGAAGAUAAUUAUAAGUUUGAAGGUGACGAUGUCUUAAAGUACUUUGUGUUCUCGUAUCCGAGAACAAAUCUUUUAUACGGAACAAAAGAUGUUCCGUUUGGUUUGAAGAACGAGCAAUGUACUGCGGGUGUUACAUCCCUAACCCUUGAGUUUUCGUUGCUUUCCAGGCUUACAAAUGAUACAUUGUUUGAGGACGUCUCUCGUAGAGCUGUCACUGACUUUUGGGGAAGACGAACCAAGUUUGACUUGAUCCCAAUGGCUUUUGACACUUACCUGCGAACUUUUACAGACUCUAUUACAGGAAUAGGUGCUUCAAUUGAUUCCUUCUAUGAGUAUGCCUUGAAGUACUCUAUUUUAUUUGACGACAACUUUUUUUACGAAAUCUGGCAAGAUUCUUAUAAAGCGUUACUCACACACUCGCAAAAUAAGGUAGGAAUUUUUACAAAUCUCAAUGUAAAUAAUGGACUCGGAGCUACAGAGUGGAUAGACAGUUUAGGGGCAUUUUUCCCCGGGUUACAAGUGCUAGCGGGUGAUGUCUCAAACUCCAUUGAAUUACACCGCAUUUUUUUCAAGCUCUGGAACAAUUAUGGAGCAAUUCCGGAAAGAUGGAACUUUAUGCCUCUUAGAUCGGAAGUUCUCGCGAAAAACUCGGUGGGUUUAGAGUGGUAUCCUCUCCGUCCAGAGCUGAUUGAAUCGACAUACCACUUAUACACAGCAACAAAAGAUCCCUUUUAUCUUCGAUUAGGUGAGGACUUUCUCGAAAGAUUUAGAGCGCAUUAUAUUGCCCCUUGUGGCUUUAGUGGAUCGCUGGACAUACUCAAUGACAGGAGACAAGACAGACAAGAAAGUUUUGUUUUAAGCGAAACACUGAAGUAUCUAUAUUUGCUCUUUGAUGUGGACAAUGUCGUGCAGCAGGGAAAUAUGGUGUUUACUACAGAAGGUCAUCCGUUUUGGUUUGACAAAAAGCUA